AUGUCACAGGUGGCACCCAACCGAACUGGGCCCCCACCAAAAUCAUUUAGUCCAUCCUCUCCAGGAAGUUCACAUGAAAACCAAUGGGGAAAGGUCAUGGCGUGUGUUGUCUCGUUGAUGUUGACUCUGUUGACCUUCCCUGUGGCUGCAACUGCCAGGGAUGGUAGGGUAUCACCACCAACCUGUGUGGCCAUCAUUGAUGCGGCCACUAAUUGCCCAGCACGUCCAGCGGUUGGGGCGAAGAAAAAUGCUGAGAUCCAGUUGAAAUCAGCGCAGGAGCGGCUGGCAGCUGCAGAGAAGGAAGCUGGGAAAGUCAUUCAGCUGGGUGAGUCUCCGCAAGGUGAACCUGAAAUGGUGGAAUUUUGGAAAAGUGAAUUGGCGCGUUUGGACUUAAAUCGGACUUUCAUGUCAGAGUUGGAGGCGAAAAUGAAGGAAGAUGCACAGAUUCGUCUGGUGUCUCAGCUUGCGAUCGAGACCUCUGACGUGGCUGCAGAAGAAAAGUUUUGGUGCGAGGCAUUGGGAAUGCAGCGGUAUAAAGCUUUUCCAGAUGGCAGCGUUAUCGUUGCUUUUGGUCCGCCAAGCAUUGGUGGAGAGGAAGGUGGAUACUUUGGGGUCAAAAUAGUGCCUGCAACUUCCCAGAAAGCUUCAAGCUCAGAUUCCAGCAAAAGAUCUCCAAGACUCAGCUUCGUGCAACUCACCACGCCGGCUUUGAUACGCAUUUCUCGGGUCGUCUCCAGUGGUGGUCAAGUUGUUGAUGGCUAUGGCUACUAUGGAGUGCAGUCUCCAGCUGGUGUUCUUGUCCGCGCAUAUGUGGAGGACCGCAGAGAUCCGAUGGAACUGGUAGCCUUGGCUGUGGAGCCAGAGAAACUCCAAGAGACCAGCGAGUCUUUGAAGAAGCUCGGGUUAGAAGAUCGGGGCCCAUACAAGUUGGUGUCACCCGAGAUGCAAGCCUACAUGCCUCCCCUUCCAGAAGGCAAUGUGCUCUUUGGAAGUGGUGAUCCAACGUUCAAUGUUCAGGUGCUGCUUUUGCCUGAGCUUCGGCAGCCAAAGCCCAGUGGCAAUCCUUUAGAGAGCCUGGGCCGUGGGCCAACGUUGGUCGUGAAUGAAGACAGCUCCUGGGGAGUUGGCAUUUUGGAUGAUCUUGAGAGGCCCAUGGUGCCACUGUCUUUAGCUCGAAGCCCGCGACUGACCGUCUAUGGAUCGGGCCCAGAGCUUGUCGUGGGAAAUGGCAACAUGGUGAUCGACCUGCGGAACAUAAAGGAAGCCCCGCGACCGUGA